UGGACCGACCCUUUUAGUUAUCAUCCUCUCUCUCGCACUUGCCAUUCAUGUACACCUCUUAGUUAUAAGACAGCUUGUACUUCCUUUCUCGUGUAAAACUCGAAAGAAAAAUCCAACCAUGCACAAAGAAAAAAAUCGAGCUUUGAUAUCUCCAUGAAUUUUGUGAAGAACGAAAUUGAUUGGGCUUUGAGUUUCAGGUAUCAAUCAAAGGUCAAACCUGAGGAGUAAACAAAAAAAAGAGAAGGAGAAGCUACCCUCGUACUUAGAAGAACUACCUGGAGCAAUAAAAAGCGCACUGAAGGUGAGUUCUCCGUCUCUGAAAGAUGGGCAGGUUUUUACUUGAGACGCAAGCAACCUCGACAAUUUCAGCUACUGAUGCAAACCGCUCUAACGGCGACAACAAGAAUAUGGCUACCUUGGAAACAAACAUGGUGAUCAUCCUAGCGGCUCUUCUAUGCGCCUUGAUAUGUGCCCUUGGUCUCAAUUCGUUCUUGCGAUGUGUCUUUCGCUGCACAGGGAGAUCCACGCCCAACGAAGAUCCAACUGAAUCCAACCCAAACGCAAACGUAGCAAAGGGGAUCAAGAAACGGGAUUUGAAGCGUAUUCCCGUUGAUUCAUACAGCUCGGAGCUUAAGACGAAAGCCACGGAGUGUUUGAUCUGCCUAGGAGAUUUUGUGGAGGGAGAAAAAGUUAGGGUUUUGCCCAAAUGUAACCAUGGCUUCCACGUGAAGUGCAUCGACACUUGGUUGCGGUCGCAUUCCUCUUGUCCCACUUGCAGACAACCACUCAUUCUACAUCAAACUCUGGCCGAUGGUUUCCUUCGGGAUGAUGACGGGACGGUCGCAGCGUAACACAGAGUCACUAGGGUAAUAUUUUGCUUAGAUGGGGUUUCCUCAUUUAAUUUGGUCAUUGGUUGUUUGGUACAUAAUAUUUUGUUUUUGUAAUCUGUUUUCCGGUUGGGUUUCUUUCUUUGUUGUGGGGAAUGUAAAAAACCGAAAUUAUAACAGAUUCUGAUCGAUUCGGUUCGGUCAGACUUUAGUUCGGACAAAGUUCGAUUUUGAAUGAAAUAAA